CACGACUCGCCCACGACCCCCUGUACACGACCAGCACGACGACCACGACUUGGACGAUGGUCAACCUCCUCCCACUCGCGCUGCUCGCUGCGGCCAACGCGGUCGUCGCACAGAACACCACGUUCUUGGCCGGCCUCAUGAGCACCCUGGAGGACGCAGGCUGCACGUCGUUGACGCAUAUUGCCUCGUCUCUCAACGGCACCAGCCAGGGCCAGUACCUCCUGAAGAGCAUCUCCAACGGCGACUCCUACGUGUUGUUCGCGCCCAACGAUGGGGCAGUGUCUAAUGCGCCGUCAAACAUGACGGACAACCCGUUCAACCUGCUGUCUUACCAUGUCGUGUCCGGCAACUUCAGCGGCCAGUCCACCACUUACCCGAACACGACCGUCGGACGCACCUUCCUGAACGACACGACGUACGUCAAACUCGAGGGUAACAGGAGUCAAGUCGUCGCAUGGUCAACUCGUUCGGACGGCCACGUCCACGUCCUGAACCAGAGGAACGACUCCACUGUGACCAACACCACGACAUACGGCAACGUGACCAUCUACGUCGUGUCCUCCGUGCUCGAGUGGCCCGAGAACUUCAGCGGCGCCGUAUCCGCGGACGCGCCGAACCUCGACGCGUUUAGCGCGACGGUGUCGAACGUGACGCAGAGCUUCUACAACGGCACGGACCACACGACGAAGGACGAGACCGUGGCGGAAAUCAUCGGCGGCGGCUUCCAGGGCUUCACGCUCUUCGCGCCGAACACGUCUGCGAUUGAGGCGAUCAGCGGGAACAUCACGAUGUACGAGCAGAACGCGACGCAGAUACAGACUAUCCUCGCCAACCACAUCAUCAAUGGCACAUCGGUGUACUCCCCGGAGCUGGUCGGCAAGAGCUACACCUCCGCGGCGGGCCAGGCGUUCUCGUUCUCUAUCAACGCGACCGGGCAGUACGUCAAGAUCGGCUCACUCACCGCCCGCAUCCUCCAGCCGGACGUGCUCCUGAGCAACGGUGUCGCCCACAUCAUCGACCAGGUCCUAGUGGACACCCAGGAGGACAUGAGCGCCGCCAGCUCCGCGUGCGUCGGCGACGUCUGAGGCGGCGCAGAGCACGACGGAGACGCGUCCGAUUGGGUACUCGCAGACGGCGACGCUCGCGUCGGGCGCGUCGGGCUCGAGCUCGUCUUCGAGCAGCUCGGCUGGUAUCGCAAUGCGCGGACUUAGCACCAGCCAGAUCGUCGCCUUUGGGUUCACCGCUGUCGCUCUCGGCGUGGGCGCUUUCGUUGCCUUGGCUUGAGGAAUCAGAACGGAUACGAAGACUUUAUUGUAGGAAUGGAUUGACCAGAUUGUGGUUUUGUAUUUCCGUAGCAAUAUGUAGCAUCCAAUUGACGCAUCCUUUACGGCCCAGGCGACGCGAUACGUGCAGAUCCUUGGAGCCAUAGAACGGUGCCGUGCGCAUUGCACGCGGCAGCCUGAGGGUCGGGCACGCCGAGUC